AUGGGACCAUUCAAUGAUAAAGUCAAAAGCUUGGCCAAGCCCACUGCUUUGGACGCCAUAGACUGGUUAAAUGAACACGAAGACGUUAAAGGCUUCCAUUUCAAAAUUUGCGAGGCUCGAAUUGAUGCUGAUGGCGAAUAUCACGAUGAUUUGGUGUUCUACCUAGCCAAGAUCUCACGCCUAGUAGCUCUAGACGAAUUCAGCAUGGAGACUGAAGAUAGCAGUCGCGUUGUAAAGGUUAGCCUUCGACUUUCCGCAGUUGCGGUUCAACAAAACAUGACUUUAGAGGUUGCUAUCCGAACUCUCUGCAAGUCCAUGAUGACUACUGGGACCGAAGGCAAACAACUCUUUGUUGAAAACCUGACACCAAGAUCUAUCUGGGGCAUCAUACCACUCUCUGAUAUCUUUCGAGCCUACUGGACAGCUUCCUUCUUCAACAAGAUUCUCUCAGAAGGUCCUCGCGUACUGUCGAGUUUGGCAGAGGACUUUAUGAGGGAAAGCCGACCCUAUCUCAACCCUACCUUCAUGGUUUUCGCAUUUGCGGCUUUAGCAGGACUACAUGACUGCUUUCACCUUAUGCAACAUUUCUAUAAUCUUGACCUGGCAGAGACAUUUGACCUACCAAAUUUCAUCCAGAGCGUCCUCCCGACUGUUGGGGUUGUCUUCACCUUUUUCUCUCAAAGGACGUCAGCAGGCGAGUCUUUAGGUGAGCAGAAGCAAAAGUUCGAUUUUUGCAUCCAGCGCUUUGUCGAGAGCUAUGAUGAGGUCCUAAAACAGUUUGGGAUAGUUCAAUGUCGUAAAUCCCUUGGGAUCUUUGAACCAUCUUGGUAUUCAUGGCGCCCAGAAGACCUUGAUAUGUUCUUUGAAGCGGUACAACAGAGCGACCUGGUUGGCCGCCGGCCUAAGGUCGAUGCGAUCAAUGGUGGAUAUCUACAGAGAGACCAAAUCAACGAAAGUUGGUAUCGAGACUUGGACUUCGAGUAUGCGAUGGCUCUCGUAGCGCCUCACGAAGUCACCAACGUUGAGGUUGGCUCUGAAAAGCAAGUGGGAAAUCUCAACGACAUGCUCGCAGCCUUUGACAGAUACUACUGCGAUCCUGUUUACCCAGAUCAUAAGAAGUAUCCCCCCUCCUAUCAGCCAGGAUGUAAUACCACCCAUUGUGACUGUGGUUCAUCAGCACCGCCGAAGGUAUUAUCGAUAUCAUGGGGUUGGACAGAAGCUGCAUUCACCUCAGAUUAUCUACAACGCCAGUGCCUUGAGUUCCUAAAAUUAGGUCUUAUGGGUACAACCGUCAUCGUUAGUGUGUCCGACCACGGUACAGCGAGCGAAGGCGGUGCCUUUUGUAUUGACGACAAGAUGGGCAAUGGUACUAGUGGAAGGUUCAGUCCCACGUUUCCAGCAUCAUGCCCCUGGGUCACAAGUGUUGGAGGAACGCAAAUGCUAUAUUCCAGUGCACCCAGGAUACCAAUAAAAGAUAGGAUCGAGAAAGUCUAUCGAAAAAUUGCAUUUGAGACACUAAACUCUUCUGGGGGUGGUUUCAGCAAUAUCUUUUCUGCUCCUUCCUACCAAGCUCCGCACAUUGCCUCAUAUAAUGACAUCGAGAAAGAUCAUUUGGAUAAGAUUCGAAGUCGUUUUAAUAGUACAGGCAGGGGUUUUCCUGAUGUUUCAGCUCGAGCUGAUUCCUAUCUUAUUGCGCUUAAAGGGAAGUGGCAGUAUGUCUCUGGUACUUCAGCAUCAAACCCGGUGUUUGCUUCUAUUAUCACGUUAACUAACAGCGAACGUAUGAAUGCUGGUAAAGAACCUGUUGGGUUUAUUAACCCAGUACUAUAUGCUAAGCCAGAUAUACUUAAUGAUGUCAUGAUAGGGUCGAACAAGGGAUGCGGUGUUGAUGAGGCAUUUCAGGCGACAGGUGGUUGGGAUGCAGUGACAGGCCUGGGGAGUCCAGAUUAUGAGCGAAUGCGAGAUUUUUUUAUGAGCCUGCCAUGA